AUGUGCUGGGCAGACCUGCUUGUCCUUCCUGCAGCCCCAUACCGGCUGGUGGCUUUCCCCUUCGCUGCGCUUUUCCAUCAUCUUUGUGCUUCUGGGUGCCUCUCUCUGACUGCCCGGUACAUAUUCCUCCUCGCUGGAGGAUGUCUCCUUGCUGGCACAGCCAUGGGCAGCUACGCCGUGUUGCUCCUCAUCCCUGCCGCCAGCUCCGUGCUCGUCCUCCUCUCCGUCAGCCCAGCUCAUGCCCACACCUGGGUCUUUGCCCUCCAGAUGUCCUGGCAGACACUCUGCCACCUGGGUCUGAGCAGCCAGGAGCUGGACCCACAGGAUGCCAGGCCAGCCGUUGUCCUCUCUGCCAUCAUGUUGCUCACCCAGAAGGCUACAUCUCUGGCUCUGGACAUCCAUGAAGGACUCGUGCCACUCCAGCAGGGCCAGGGGCUUCUGCAGUGUGCCCUGCCCCUCUGCAGCUACCUGCUCUUUUUCCCAGCACUCCUUGGAGGUCCUCUGUGCUCCUUCAGCAGGUUUCAGGCCCAGGUGGAGUCCUCGGGGGCUCUCACCA